GCCGCGCAUGGUAAUGCAAAACGCGGAGUACAAGAAGAAAAACAAUAGAAAUUGAAUACCGCUGCCUUCGUUGCGCAGUCUUGCUUUGAGCCCUUAUCUGUUUUAUUUUUUGUUGUUUUUCUGCCUCAGUGCUUCUCUCCUGUCUUUCCGGCUAAGACACUUUCCCUUUCUGAAAGGUACAUAUUUGCCUCCCUCCCUUCUUUAAAAAACUUUUGAACGCUAGAAAUGGCGACGCGUGACCGUACGAGUGAGUUCUUGCAGUACCGCGCGAUCCGCCCGCGGCGGCCAGAGACGGAGCAGCUGCUGGCAGAGGAAGAGAACAUGAACCGCGUGUACGUCACCCCGCUGUGGGUGGAGAAGAUGGAUGACGUGCGCCGCGUCGAGGAUGAAGUGAAGGAGCAGAUGACCGCACUGGAGAAACUGCGCAAGGACCAUUUGAAGGUGGAGUUCAGCUCCACUCGUGAUGAGAGUCGGGAGGAGGCUGCCAUCGAAGAAGCACAGGACACGAUCGAUCGGCUCUUCAAGCUCAGUGAGAAGGGUGUGAAGGACCUGGACACCGCCUACACGCGCGACCUCCCCGACGGCGGCACGGACGCGGAGCUGAGCAUCCUGCGCAACGUGAAAAUGUGUCUCGUGAAUGAGAUCAACAACAUUAGUAAACUCUAUCGUGAGAGUCAGCGUCGGUAUAUGAUGGAUGUCAAGAAGCAGCAGCUCGUCUCGCAGCGCUGGGCCGGCGGUGACCGGCAGAAGGCGGUGGAGCAGCAGCUGGAGAACGACGCUUUGAUGGAUCAGUAUCUACAGAAGGGCAUGACACAGGAGCAGGUGGAGACCAUCAUGCUGAACCAGCAGAUGGCCGACGAGCGCGUGAAAGAGUUUGAGCGCAUCUACAGCUCCAUUAAGUCUCUGCACGAGAUGUUCAAGGACAUGAGCACGCUGGUGAUUGAGCAGGGUGCGGUGCUGGACCGUAUUGACUACAACAUGACCAUCACCCACACGCGUGUGCAGAAGGCGCGGCAGGAGCUGCAAAAGGCGGCGGAGUACCAGUCGGCCGGCACGUUCAAGCUGUGUGUUCUGUUUAUAAUUGUGCUCAUCAUCGGCUUAAUGAUCGCUCUGUUCUUUAAAGCAGUGCUGUAA